UUAUUUUUAUUAAAUGGUCCGCACAUGUUCAAGCGUAUCGCAUUUCUAUAAAUCGGGGUUCAUUAAUCGUUCAGAGUAGGAUGUUUUUGCCGUGUCAACGGGCUUUUUAGCUGAAAAAGCCUGCAAGAUAUGAAGCAAAUCACAUUGAAAGCGGUUCAGUCAGUAUCAAAUGAUCCCUUUUGUGGAUGUGGUGAAUACAUAGAGGGUAAAAUAUGGCUUUUGCCCACAAAUAAAUUCCUGGCACCUGCCGCCCCCGAAAUGCAGGCAACCAGCAUAACAAAGCAAACAAUGUCUGUACUGACAUUGCCAAACACAACAGAAAUGUUUGGUUAGUUUAAUUGUCUUAUCAACGGUGACAACGGUGCAGAAAAAUAACACUUGAGAUCUUAUGCGGGAAUUUAAAUAAAACAGGUGGUUUGAUAGACUUUAAGUGAAAAUCGGUGAAAUGUUGCCAGAAGGCAUCAAUUUGAUUGAGGACUACGGGUUCAGGAGCUCCCCAGAGUCAUGCAGUGACAAGUCCUUCAGCAGCACAGAUCUUGCUGACAGCAUGUCCGAGGAGGACUUUAUGACCCAACUAUCCUCCUCCUUGGACAUUCCCCUGCUGCUUAACGCAGGGGAGGAUGAAAUGGCCGUAUUGAAUUCAUUUCUCGAUAAAUCUCCCGAUGAAAUCCUGUCCGAGAUUAAGGACUCUCCGGUUCGUCUUUUUGACGACGAUUUGGAGGGCAAGGAGUUUGAUUUUUUCGUCGACAAGCCGCCUGACCAACCGCCAGCUUGCCCAAUGAACGAUCCCUCAUACUUCAACUACUUUCAUUCUCUGAAUGGAGCCUUAGCUGAGCAUUUAGUUAACAUUGAUGACGACAUUGGCCUAAAAUCGGAGCUGCAUUCAGAAGAGUCCUGUUCAUCUACUAACUCCAUUGAGCCUUCAACGCCUCCUCCAGUGAUAGCCAAACGGGCCAACCCCCCCACGUUCUUUUCCACUGAUGUGACCGCCAAUAAAAUUAGUCAAGCGCCGAUGAGAACAGUGAAACCCUCCACGAUUCAGGUGGUGCCUCAGGCGAAGCUGCCCAUUAAAAGAGUGCCAAUUAAGCCAAAGUACACCCUACCAACCAAGGGUUCCAACAUUGUUCUGAUUAAAAACGUGAAAAACGAGUUUGCAAAUAAAGCCAGCCAAAACAUAGUGCUUCUGGACAGUAUUCCCGUAAAUAACUUCAACUCGUUGGCUCCUGUGACUGUAAAUAUUCCCAAUUCGUCAAUAUGUAGUAGGAACAAUACGGAGCUUGAUCCACGGGUUUUAAAACGGCAAGAAAGAAGGAUCAAGAAUCGGGAGUCCGCCAGCAUAUCCAGGAAGAAGAAGAAGGACUACUUGAACUCCUUGGAGGAGCAGGUUAAGCAGUUGUCAGCCAAAAAUGCUCGGCUGGAGCAGGAAAACAGCUCCCUAAAGCAGAGGCUGGCGUUCUUUGAAUCGGCUGGAAACUGCCGGUUCAGUAUGGCAAAACGCGCUAAGCCCGCUUUGUUUCUUUGCGCCGUCCUCCUGCUUGUGGGUUUUAACUUCAAUCUGGCACGCAUCUUUGAGGUGAAAACCGCCAAGUCUGGAGACACCAACUAUCCGAAAUUGCCAGAUCAUUUCAGCAGGAAUCUGCUGUGGGCUGAUGAGGAUUCAAUGAACAACCUGAACUUGAAUCGGACGUACUUUUCAUCGCUCACCAUGUGUCCCGCCUCAAUUAAUCAAACGGAAAGCGCUCGACUGCUGCUAGAGCUUGAAAGGUGGAUCGGCAAGCCGAAAGUCACCAAAGCUCCGGUCAGAGCGGCAGCGAAGCCAGCCAGUAAAAAGGCGCAUAUCAAGCGGAAAAAACUGCGUCUGGACUCGUCGCUCGCCCAGUAUCGAGGCAGUAAUGGGGCGCAAAACGACAUGAAAACCGAACUAGAGGUUUUCAGUCCCAGGCUUGACCAGUUGUAUUCGGAAUUUUACCAGGCAAUAAAUCGGCGGGACGACACCUUCUAUGUGGUGUCCUUCAGCGAGCAGCACAUGCUGCUUCCUGCAUUGUACCACAACAACACCAGACGUCCCAAGAUGUCCCUGUUGAUGCCCUCGAUGUUCCACAAUGAAACCUCCACACAAACUUAUGUUCAGCUCAUGCAAAUUGACUGCGAAGUUCUGGACACCAAGCUGGUCAACGUGAAAUAUGGGACUAUACCAAGACCGUAUCGCCACUAUGGGAAUUCGAGUCAUCGGACCGAGGCGAGCGGAAGAAGGGCCGAUAAUAUUUCCACUGUUAAAAAAUAUGACCCUCGAGGAACGUACAAGCCCUACGUUUUAAGCAAGAACCUCUUAAAGGGCACUGACGACAGUGAAUAACUUCAGUAGAAUUUCAAUUCAUAUUCCUUUAUGGAAGCUCUCAAAUAUCCGGGUAAGCGUCUUUUAGUGCUCGUUAUUCUGGUAAAGCGUUAAUAUCGUUACUGCUAUUGUUUGCAGAUUUUCGAGUCCUUCACUUUUAGACUUAGGGCGUGUUGGGCGAUAAGCACUUUCAAUAUGGUGUAGGUAAUUCUUAACUAGCUCACUUUGCAAUAUUUAGCUUCUAGUAUGUUUGUUAUUUCUAAAUAGUUUACUGUAUUAUUAAACAAGCCCAAUUUCACAGUUAAUUAGCCAUAAAGCUCCCAGCGAAUAGAGAAAAGACAAAUAUCACCAUAA